CCCUUCUCCUCCUAGCCCCCCCUCCCUCCUCGCCCCCUCCUCACUGCGUUCCGGAGUGAGAGAGUUUCGCUCACUCGGCCUCCACGCGCGCUUGUUUUAUUGGCACCCGCGUGCCCUGCAGAAGACCGUGGCCGCUCCUUCCCAUCGCCAACGCGGCGCUCUCUCGAACCCAGGGAUUCUUUAACCUCGUACGAGGCAGUGGUGGCGGGGGAGGACGAAGCGCUGGGGUUAACUCCCCACACCCACCCACUCCGUCUCCACUCUAUCUACGGCCACGUACUGGGGGAGCUGCCAACGCACUCCCCCACCCGGUGCCUCCUCCAACAGAGUGACUCCAGUUGGCCAGUAGGAACCAUCGGCCAGGCAGUGACUAAGGUUACUCGCUUGACAUCCUCAUCUCUCAAGACACAGUGGGCUGUCAGGUUGUCGCGUCCGUGCGUCCAUCCACCAUGGGCCUGUCGAGCUUCAUCAAGUCCCAGUUUGUGCUGCACCUCCUCAUCGGCUACAUCUUCUUGGUGAGCGGCCUCAUCGUGAACCUCCUGCAGCUGUGCACCCUGCCCCUGUGGCCCAUCAACCGCUCGCUCUACCGCCACGUCAACUGCCGCCUCGCCUACUCGCACUGGAGCCAGCUGGUGCUGUUGCUGGAGUGGUGGUCAGGCACCAGCUGCACCAUCUACACGGACCCGCAGACCUACGAGCACUUUGGCAAGGAGCACGCCAUCGUCGUGCUCAACCACAACUUCGAGAUCGACUUCCUGUGUGGCUGGACCGUCUGCGAGCGCUUUGGGGUGCUCGGGAGCUCGAAGGUGCUGGCCAAGAAGCAGCUCUCGUACGUGCCGCUCAUCGGCUGGUCCUGGUACUUCCUGGAGAUCGUGUUUUGCAAGCGCAGCUGGGCCGAGGACAGUGUGACAGUGGCACGAGAUCUGCAGAGGCUGCGUGACUACCCCGAGAACUUCUGGCUCCUCCUGCACUGCGAGGGCACGCGCUUCACACCGGAGAAGCACGCCAUCAGCAUGGAGGUGGCGGAGAGGAAGGGGCUGCCCAAACUCAAGCACCACCUGCUCCCCCGCACGCGGGGCUUCGCGCUCUGCGUGCAGAACCUGCGCGGGACGGUGCCGGCGAUCUACGACUGCACCCUCAACUUCCGCGGCCACACGAAGCCCUCCCUGCUGGGCGUGGUGUACGGGCGCACGUACAAGGCGGACAUGUGUGUCAGGAGAAUCCCGAUGGAAGACAUCCCCGAGGAUGAAAAGGAGUGUGGAGACUGGCUCAACAAGCUUUACAAAGAGAAGGAUGAUCUUCAGGAGGACUACGAGCAGUCGGGCAAAUUCCCGGGACAGAUGUUCCAGCCACCCAGACGCCCGUGGGUGCCGCUGAACUGGGCCUUCUGGGCCUCGCUCCUGCUGUCGCCGCUCUUCCACUUUGCCGCCGGCGUUGCCACGAGCGGCUCGGCCCUCGCCAUCGCCGGGCUCAUCGCCGUCGUCAUCGCUGCGUCGGUGGGGGUGCGCCAGCUCAUCAGCGUCACGGAAAUCGACAAAGGCUCCAGCUACGGAAUCAACCAAUCCAAGAAGGGCAGUUAAGAGAGUACGGAAGCAGCGCAGUGUCCCAUGACCCCCAGUUGCGUGGAGAUUUUAAUAAUAAUACUGUUGAUAAAUGUUAUAAGGAAUAUUAAAUAAAAAUGAGCAAAAGCUGGAAUCCGUAAUGCUGCCAAAAAUUAAUUAUCGCAGUUUUUAAUUAAAUCUGAUUGUUCUAUUUUAUUUUUCUUCAUGUACAUUUUGCCUUGGCCUUAUCAAUUGCUUCUGCAGUCGAUUUUUUUCGAAAGCUCAGAAAUAUGUUUCCGCCCAAAAUUAUUCCCCCCGCAUGUGCACACAUAUCCGUGUUACGAUAAACAAAGAACGCAUUUCCUGAGGCCGGAGGGCAUCGGGUUCCACCUUGAUAUCCCCUUUUCCAGCUGCGUCAGUGCAGGGCCCUCUGCGGUAACUACGGGUGAUCUUCCGCUGGGCAUUUGCCAUUCCGAGCCAGAACCAAACCGCCGCACACUGUUCUCGCAAGACGUCUAAAUCUGGCCGGUGGCCCAGCAGGGCCAGGGGCGGCGGGGGUCUAAUGACGUCACGCAGUACGCAUCGCCUGCGUGCGUCUCAACUCGUUCGUUGAGCGUGUGAUGUCAACCGCAUGCCUUGGCUUCUGCAGUGGGAAAACCGACCCUUGGGGCUCUCCUGAUCCGUGUCGGGCCUGGCCCCGGCCUGGCCCCGGCCUGGCCAUGGCCUGGCCCCGGCCUGGCCCCGGCCUGGCCCCGGCCUGGCCUCGGCCUGGCCCCGGCCUGGCUUGGUUGUGCAGUGGGGAAAAGAAAACAGGUGUUUGAGAACCUUUAAAAAAAUCAUGUUGCCUUUGGCCCCACCAGCUGUUGAAUCGUGACUAAUGCACUGCUUGAAAGGGUUUCCUGAAGAUGAUUUUUUAGACAACUUGCAAAGAAUCGUCGUGUUACUUAAAACAGAAGAAAACAUUACUUGGAAAAUAGUUGAAGCACACUUUUUUCUUAAUUUAAAAAAAUAUAUGUCUCUGGAAACACGCUUUCUCGUGUACGCUGGGCUUAAAGGAAAAACAAGGCACUGAAAGGCACUUAAACCUUUAUCAUUCUCAUAUCUGUUGUUUACAAACGACCAAUCAAAUCCGUACAUCUUCGGAAAGCAGUGCGAAGCGCAAAUUAUUCGCUUGAAAUCAAGGAACAAUAAAAUGAUCGAAUGACAUAUUUUAUAAUCAUGGAACUCACAAACAUGUGCCUAGUGGCGAGUACACCACUCGUUACG